AACACAAAACUAUGCAGGAGAUUGGCACGGUGAACAAAUAUUUUCAACUUCAACGUUUGAACAGAUCAUUCCAUCCAGACAGUCUAUUCUCCUCCAUCGCCAUGUUUCUUGAACACUCUCGGCUCGUUUUAACGUUGAUCGUUGCCCUACUCGUGCACGAUAGUUACAGCACGGCCAAUUGUACCGGCAACAAAUUCGACAAAAAGUGCAUCGAUCCCAGCCUGGUGGCCACCUAUGAGGAGAUCAUAGCACUACCAGAACAUCCCGAGAAACUACUGAUCGAUGUCCGGCCAGCAGAUGAAAUCGCAGCAAGCGGAGUAAUUCCAACCAGUAUUAAUAUUCCAAUAAAAAUUGUAACUGAUGAAUUGAAGCUGACCCCGGAUGCAUUUCACGCUAAAUACGGCCGAAAGAAGCCGGAAGCGAAUGAUCCCAUUAUUUUCACCUGUCGUAUAGGAAUUCGCGCUGGAGUGGCAGCCAAUGAAGCGGAUCAGCUGGGAUUCAAAAAUGUGAAGAAUUAUGUCGGAUCUUGGAAGGAAUACUCAGAAAAACGUCAACUUGUAUAAUACCUGAGUUUGAUAUUAUCCAAUUUUAUUGUAAUAUAAGUUUUCGAAGGACUUAAGAAUAAUCAUAUUACAAAUUUGACACAAUCUGAUAUAGGCCUAUCAAAUAUUAAAUUAAUUUACAACGAAUUUCGGUCAUUGUGGUCCACAUCAACUGAAAACACAAAGUGUAUACACUUUUCUGUUAGUACAUUAUUCAAGAUUGAGCAAUAUCUCUAGCAAUGCGACUAGCACUCACCUGCCGAAGUUAAGUCAACAAAGAACGCAAACAGGUCAAAUCACCGUACCAUCUUUCCGAAAGCUGAUUCCCAUAACAUCUGCCAGCCAAGUAGGCGAUGCCUUUCCUUUGGCUGCUUCUUCGUUCCAAUAUUUGAGGAUACCGGUCGGAAGCUGAUUGACACAAUGGCAUAGCAUCUCGUCUUAACAGCAGGCGGCGACAACAACAACGACGACGACGACGACGGCAACGCACGACGCGGCGGCAUGACGGUAGGGAAAAUUUUCAAUGAAGUGAAAUAGAGUAGGUAUCCGAAGCUGGCAGAUUUGCUCAAUAUUUCCGCCUGCUACGAAGACCGCAGUCAAACAAGGCACGCGAGAUUGACGGAAUCUUAAAACGUUGCAAAAGCGUUUCCUCGAGCACGACGACGAAUGGUGAGGAUGAGCCUUUACUGAAGAAAAUGUGCAUCUUGAGUGCUCGUCUCGGCGAGUCGGUGUUCGAGGAGCGGGAGGGUGGAGAAUGCACUCAACAUGCACCUUCCACUCAAUAACGCAGCGUGGCAGAUAGUUUGUAGAAGGUGCGAGUAGAGCGAAAAAAUGCUGAAUUUUCCGACACUAGAAAAGGAAGCUUUCCCGCUUUAGGCAAGAGAUUGUACUUUGCUACUGAAAUUGUGCACCCCGAGCAUAGUGGUACUAAAUGGAGUGAAAAUAUUUGAUCUAACCAUUUUUUUUUUUUGAGAGCUGGAAUAUAUUGUUGAACGGACGGGUUUCGUGUGUAAAGUUGAGGGGUUUAACAGCGCCGAAAAAUGUUUAUGGAGGAAAUAGAUCAUUUCGGAAUUUCGAUUCCAUCUUCUAUCGCAAUUCAUGGAACAACUAAUGUAGACAAUUUAAUCGUUUCAACCAAUCAAUAUUUUAUACAUAAAAUAGCUUCAAGACCCAGCAGAAACUAUUCAAUUUUCCCAUAGAUAACCGAUCUCUGCUGUAAAUCAAUUUAGUCGUCAGUCGUUAGAAACCACAAGUCCUAAGCGAGCAUUCGUCUUCAUUGGCUAUCAAGAUGCUAAACCGCUAUUUACUACGACACAUCACCCAUGAAUUGUUAAUCAGAUGAUGGUCACUGUGGGUGAUGACGUUCCCAGCCAGAUCUGAACCGACUGAUUACACAUAACCCAACUCUUGGAUCGAAAAUUCAACGGCAUUUUCCUAAUCUCCUAACACAAUGGUGCUUCACCUUCGUUAGCCGUCAUAUGUUGCUAAAUCUUUUUGGUUCCGAAUUACGUCUCGCAUCAGCGUUGCCACGUGAGCAUGAGGAUAAUUCCACUUCUUCUGUAAUGGGAUCCAAUUAGCUGCUGCCGGCUCCGACUGACAGGAUGAUUCGCAUAGCCGCGACGUGUCAAUAAUUGUUCUUACACGGUAGUAACACGUGGCUAAACACGUUUCUUGGAAGCAGAUAUGCUCUCCUUGCUGACACGAUAGAUGGGCUAAUUCCAUAUAAUUCUUCGAAGGCUCACAGUAUCAAACCUAGCAUAAAAUUGCAACAAAUGGACUAAAAUAUGUGCGGUGUGAUGAUUUUCCUGCUACUAAUGCUUAGUUAUGUGGAGAAACGACAUUUAUAGAGAAAGAGAGAAAAAAAUAGAGUUGAGAGGUCCAUUUAAACCACUUAAAUUAAGCGUUUCUUACAGUUAAACAUAAUUUAAAUUCAGUACUUACUCUAACUACGGUAAGAAAUAGUUCAGUGCGACAAACAAUGAGUCGAAACAAUAAAA